AUGGUAAAGGGCAGACUGAUGAAGACAUGGAAAGGGCAGACUGAUAAAGACAUGCCUCAGCCCUCUACCUUAGCCCCAGCUCCAGCCCUCUACCUUGGCUCCAGCUCCAGCCCGCUACCUCGGCCCCAGUUCCAGUCCUCUACCUUGGCCCCAGCUCCAGUAGUCUACCUCAGCUCCAGCUCCAGUCCUCUACCUCGGCUCCAGCUCCAGUCCUCUACCUUGGCCCCAGUUCCAGUCCUCUACCUUGGCCCCAGCUCCAGUAGUCUACCUCAGCUCCAGCUCCAGCCCUCUACCUCAGCUCCAGCUCCAGUCCUCUACCUCGGCCCCAGUUCCAGCCCUCUACCUCGGCCCCAGCUCCAGUCCUCUACCUCGGCCCCAGCUCCAGUCCUAUACCUCGGCCCCAGCUCCAGCCCUCUACCUCGGCCCCAGCUCCAGCCCUCUACCUCGGCCCCAGCUCCAGCCCUCUACCUCGGCCCCAGCUCCAGUCCCCGACCUCGGCCCCAGCUCCAGCCCUCUACCUCGGCCCCAGCUCCAGCCCUCUACCUCGGCCCCAGCUCCAGCCCUCUACCUCGGCCCCAGCUCCAGCCCUCCACCUCGGCCCCAGCUCCAGUCCUCUACCUCGGCCCCAGUUCCAGUCCUCUUUCUCAUAACCUAAAACCCAAGGCCAAAUCUACACUGGAGUUGCUUAACAAGAAGACAGUGACUGUUCUUGAGUGGCCAAGUUACAGUUUUGACAGAGUUUGA